GACCCUAGGGAUAUAUCAGCAGAUAAAUCAGUAGCCGGGAAUUAGUGUUCCUUGUUCUGGGUCUGUGAUAGGGAGUUACACUACACCGACGAUACGAUUGACGUCAUCUGCUUGUGAUGGUUCCAGUAUUACAUCUUAACGGUAUUUCCUACGCAUAAGAUUUGCACUCCACUGUCUCCCAGUGUAUUGUGAUGCAAAUAAAUCUACGCAAGCCUUAUAUGCUUAUUUAUUGUUGUGUUUUUCCUGAAUGCCCGUGCAAUCAUAGUUAAAUACUCCGAGCAGCAUUUGUGCCGCGCUGCUUCCUGGAUUGUGAUGAUUUGUUGCUCACAGUUGCUGCAUCGUAUUUUUGUAUCCGUAUAUGACUCCCACGCCGCAAAUAACACCCGGCGAUGUUUCAUCGUUUAGCACUUCCGGUCGGGGCGCAUGUUUAUUGUUUUCUUUAGAAAUUGCUGGUAAUUCUCUCUCAUAACGCAUAAACGCCAAUAUUGCUCUGUGCAGCGCGCAGCAUGAAUUAAGCUAGCUCCUGAUCAUUGAUACGUAUGCUUAUCCCUGUCAUUUCGUGCGUAUGUUUUCAGCGAAGCGCUCUUUUGGUUUUGUCAAUAUUGCUCAGCAUACUUGGGAACAUAGAGACACUCAGCCGCAUAUUUGGAUGCAACACAAGACUUCAUUUCCCUAAAAACAUUCCGCUGGAUCAGAUUUUCAUCUGCCCGCAUGGACGCAUCUGAAACAUGUUGUAUGCUGGAUGUGCACAGUCUGCGGACCUGUCACUAAUCGUGGCCUUUGAGUUGUGCGCAGCUGUACAAUUGUUAUCAACCGUUGUAUUAGCUGUCAUAUAGAUGUGUCGCUGGAUUGCCAAAAACCCGGAGUCUAUCGAAUUUUUUUGUCAGUCGGCACACGGAUUAUCCGCACUUCAUCCGAGCAGUGUUUUAGAAAAUUUCAAACAUAAUCAGUCACCGUAAACCACGCGUGCUGUAUUAUGGAUUACACCGGAUCGACCGUAGUUUAUGAUGAAUACGGAAAGGUCUUUCCACAUGAUGUGAUUCCUUACGAUGACCCUGAGGUCAUGAAAAAACCGUGGAUCUUCGAUGCCCAUUUUGUGCCGAUUAUUUUUGUAUAUUCCAUGUGUUUUAUUCUUGGAAGCAUCGGCAACCUCUUAGUAAUUUGGGCUAUGCAGCGUAACCGCGGCAGCAGAACAGUGACAGCCAUGUUUUUAGUCAGCUUGGCAGUUGCUGAUAUCCUGCUACUGUUGUCUGCUCCAGUGGAUGUUGCCUCUUAUUUUGUUCGCACAGUCGAAGGCGGAAAUCUGUCGUGCAAACUGGUAGCGUUUUGCCGGUUACUAAUCGCCUUUUCUACUGUUCUCAAUCUCAUGGCUAUAACGAUGGAGAGGUAUCUGGUUAUCGUCUAUCCGAUGAAAUCCCGACAGCUUUCGACAGUCAAAAGCUGCAAACGCACCUUAUUUGCCGUGUGGGUGUUGUCCAUUUUCUUAGCGUCUCCUUCAUUGUAUACUUGGGAAGUGGAACCGUUCUAUUACGGGAAGUUCACUAAUGAUUCCCGUCUUCUUGCGGAAACGGUGGUAAUUCAUCAAUUAUGCGAAGAAGUCCAUUUCGAAGACAUUAUGUCAUUGUACCGGCUACUCCUGCUAUUCAUUCUUCCAUUGGCAAUGCACUGUUUCUGCUAUGGCCGAAUGAUACGAGUGCUAUGGAGCAGUACGGCAAACAGCAGUCUUGUUUCUCAUACUGGCCACCGUACCGGAAAUGGAUCACCCCCAAAACCAUUGCUGCGUGUCCCAAAAAUUGCACGAAUCUCAUCCAGUGACUUAAGCUUAAGUGGUUCAUUGGAAAACGUUUCAAAAUCAUUAAUGCCAGUAUCAAUUAGGGACAGAAACGUGGAUAACGACACGUUACUGGAUGUGCCGGCAACAAACAGACACAUGAUCAGAUACCAAUCACUAACAGGCGAUACGGCAAACGAGUCAUUUCCGGUUGGCAAGAACCGACGCAGCAGGACAGACAGCCUGGCGUAUACGGAAAUCCCAAAACAUUCAAAUGGAAAGCGCAGUGGAAAGGUGAUUCGACUGGUGACCAACUGGAAGCAGCAGGACAGCAGGACACAACUGCAACGUCACAGUGAAACCAAUGUAUCUGCUCCGACUAGCUACAAUGCGCAAAAACACCCCAACUCCAGUACCGACCUCAAAGCCGGAAGGCGGCAGGUGAUCAAAAUGCUGCUGGUUGUCAAUUUUGCUUUCUUAAUCGGCUAUGGACCAGCAGUCAUAUUUGAUGUGUUGAGAAUGUACGGGUUAAUACCGAUCGGAGACAUGGCCUAUGUGACGAAGUAUGUCGUCAAACUGCUCCCUUACGCACACUGCUGCUUUAAUCCCGUUAUUUACGGAUUUAUGUCCAAAAAUUUCCGGCGUUCUCUGAGGAAAGCCUGUACUGGAACCUGUUUAUGCUGUGCCGAGACAAAGACUACCGACAAUAUUCAUAUGAUGACUCCCGAAUACUCUGUGAUAGCAGCCGGGAAGACGAACCGUCUGAACAGCAUAGCUCAGCUGAUAUAACGACACUGCAAUAAACAUUGUGAUAAAAUUGGUUUUGCAACUAUGCGCUGAACCAGUUCCGAAGAGGAUGAGAUCGAGACUGAUUUAAAUUUUUCUUAUAUUUUGCUUAAUUGUCAGCGAUCGCGAGUUAUAAUGUCUAAUGUUUGUAUUACUAUGUGUUAAGUAUUAUUCGCUUUGCAUAUUAAAGUCUACUAAUUUUUAAUUACGCCGUCAAGCCAUUUUACGUAAAUCCAAAAGGUGAACGCAGUAUUCAUUUCACAGUACUCAUACCUGUAUUUUGUAUGCACGCUUUUUGGUCAUCGUAUUAGAUAUUGACCUUAUGCAUGAACAGGAGCGCAUGAACAACAAUCUCACAGGCCACAGUCAUUUUAAAAACAGGUGGCAACGUUAAUUAUCCGUUUUGGACACAGUUUCAUUAUAUUACUGCAUUUCGUCUGUUAGGCAGCAUAGGGACUGCGGCCGACAUAACUUCUUCCCGAAGCUGUCCCGGGGUCGCGGCACGUAGAAGUGUCUUAGCUCGAGCGUGUGGAGAACGUAUGGCCUCAGCAAUGGAUUUGAAGGCCUCCUUCAUGAUU